AGAAACGGGAGAAGCUGUGAAGAAGUGCUGUCCGCGACACAGACCCUUGUUGAAGAAGUGAAAGAAAACAAAAACAUGGCAUUACUGUCUCUAUCAUAAGAGGAGCUUGGCCACCUCUCACUCUCUGUGUGUGUCUUUAAGAAAUGGCUCAACCGUCUCAACAGUGGUCUCACAAGGACACAGAGACACUGAUCAGAUGGCGAAUGGCCCACAGCUAUUUAUUCUCAGGCUGGAGAAACACAUGCAGAAAUGGCUGGGAGAUGUUCAUACAAGAGUCAAUCCUAAACCUGGAUGGAAAUAUUACUUCUCAAAGAGCAAAACGAAAGUGGGAGAAUCUAAAAUGCAAAUACAAGGUCUUAAAAGCUCUUGCGAAGGAUGUGGAAACGGUUAAACCUGAAUCCUGGCGAUGGUUCAGACUCAUGGAAAAGGCUGUUGAUGGUGACCCAGGAGACAUCGACCCUCCUAAACCCACUUUAUUAUCUAACCUGGCUGACGAACCCGAUUGUGCAGCCCAGCCCAGCAAGAAGAUGUAUCAGGUGGAAAUGGGGAGUGAUAUUCUCGAAUUACUAACACACUCCGUGAUCGAAGUCAACACUCAAACAACAGUAGCUGAUGUAGGACCCUCGUCAGACACAGCUGAAAGCGUGAAAGAGAAACAAAUAGAAAAAAGCCCAUCAGAGACUCAAGGCGAGCUACAUUUGGAAAGAGCCAAACUCAGAAGAGAGCGACUGUUUCUAGAAAAGGAGCACGCGGACCUGGAUCGAGAACGGUUGCUUCUGGAACGCGAAAAAUCUGUCGCAGAAAGAGAGAAAACGGCGCUGGAAAGAGACAGAGCGCAGCUGGAAAAGGACAGAGCAGCGGUUGACAGAGAAAGAGCGUUCUUGGAACAGGACAGAGCGAGGCUUGAACGGGACAGGGCGGCUCUUGAAAGAGACAGAGAGACGGUCAACGCCAUGGUUCUUAGGACAAAGGGCACAGGACACACUGAAACAGACUCGCCAUACGCAGAGGACAGAAAAAGAUUAAUAUUUUUGUUUGAAAAACUCAUUGAGAGAUUUUGAGAUCAUUCUGAUGCACUGAAAGAGGUCAGUGUUGAUUAUUUGGAGGGUAUUUAAGAUAUUAAAGCACUUAAACAGAUGUUCACUUUACACUUAAACUGCAGUUCACUCAAAAAUGAACACUCUAUCUUUAUUUAACACCCAUUUACUAUCCCAUAGUAUUUAUUUUUCCAAUUAUGCUGUAAAUGGGUGGAGAGAUAUUUUUGUUUAUUGACAUAUUUUCAUUUGUGUUUAGCAGAACAUAGACAUUGCUGCAGGUUAAAAAGAAUUGUACAUUUUUGGUGAACUGUCCCUUUAAGAGAAAGCACUUCAUGCAUAAGUUUCCACUUUAAACGUUUUUGAGGAUUCUCACAUUUCCUGAUGUAGUUCUCGAGUUCAUUGUAGUUCACUACAAAGCAUAAUUGAUAAUAAAUAAUGUUCAGUU